GAAGUUUUUAAUUGCGAGUUCAAUAAUAUUUUUUGUCUUAUCUAUCAUGUUUUUUAAAAAUCUUCAAAACAUAUGAGAAUAUCAGCUGUGCAGCGCGCGGAACCAUAUCCGCAUGACGUCAUAAGAGAGCUGAGGUUGUGGGGGAGUGUAGUGUUGUAGAUGGAUAAUUUUUGUAUUCUUUUGUGAACUAGUUUACCUAGCAUGCGAUGUUUCUUUUGUCUAAUUACAAUUUAUAUCAAAAUUUCGUAGCUAUGUGGAGGAAAGAUUGUUGAUCCUAAUAUUCAAAAUUGUAGAUCCUUUUAUUUUGUUUAGGAAAUGAACGGUUUAUCUUUUAGUGAGUUAUGUUGUUUAUUUUGUUGUCCUCCGUUUCCAUCAAGAAUAGCUGCUAAGGUUGCAUUUCUGCCUCCUGAACCAACUUAUUCUUUUGUACCUGAUGAAACUGGAACUAAAUUUACUCUGAAUUUGACCGAUCGAGCAGAAUGGCAAUAUUCUCAGAGGGAACUGGAAGGUACAGAGGUUUUCUUCACAAGAACUCCCCGGGGAAACCGAAUUGCAUGUAUGUUUGUUCGCUGCACCCCCAAUGCACGAUUUACCAUCCUUUUUAGUCAUGGUAAUGCUGUGGACUUGGGGCAGAUGAGCAGCUUCUAUCUUGGACUCGGAUCUAGAAUUAAUUGCAAUAUUUUCAGUUAUGAUUAUUCUGGAUAUGGGAUCAGUACGGGGAAACCAUCCGAAAAAAAUUUGUAUGCCGAUGUGGACGCUGCUUGGCAUGCAUUGCGGACUCGUUAUGGAAUAAGUCCAGAAAAUAUCAUUUUAUAUGGUCAGAGUAUUGGUACAGUGCCUACAGUAGAUUUGGCUUCUAGAUACGAAGUGGGAGCCGUGAUACUUCACUCGCCCUUAAUGUCAGGAAUGCGUGUUGCUUUCCCCAACACAAAAAGAACUUGGUUUUUUGAUGCUUUUCCUAGCAUUGACAAAGUACCCAAAGUUACUUCUCCCGUCCUUGUAAUCCACGGAACAGAGGAUGAAGUUAUUGAUUUUUCUCAUGGUCUGGCUAUUUAUGAAAGUUGUCCUAGAGCAGUUGAGCCACUUUGGGUUGAAGGAGCUGGUCACAACGACGUGGAGUUGUAUGGACAGUAUUUAGAGCGACUGAAGCAGUUUGUUUCCAUGGAAUUAGUUAAUUAAAUAUUUAAAGAUAGCUGUGUUGU